AUGUUGAUAUACGGACCUCAACGACGCACGCUCGCAGGUUGGGACGACCUCGGCUACAGCUUCCUCAUCGGGGGUGACGGGCGGGUGUACGUGUCCCGGGGCUGGGACCGCAGCGGCGCCCACACCAAGGGCCACAACGACGAUGCACUGGCAGCGGCGUUCAUCGGCGACUUCUCGCGCCACCUUCCAACUCCCUGGGCGGUCAGGGGACUCAUGCAACUGCUGCAAUGUGGCGUUGCCUUGGGGAAGAUCCGUCCUGACUACACACUGCACGGCCAUAGAGACGCCAACUGCAGGACCUGUCCCGGGGAAGCCCUGUACGCCUACAUUUCUCGGUGGAGGCGCUUCGGCGGGAAGCUUAAGAAGUACAUCUGCGAAACGCCAGUUACGCAGUCGUCCUCCACCGAACGUGUGUCGACGCAGACGCGUAUAGCUAGCACACCGUUACCAUAACACAAUGCCACGUCUCCUUUACAUGAAUAUGUUUCCCUGAAUGGCACUUUGCAAGUGCAAGCAUGGCGACGCUGUUCCUCCACCGUUUUCCGCCUUUGUCUUUUAUAUUGCGUCAUUAGGCAUAUGACACACAAAAGGCUUCAAACAAGUUUACAUGAACGAGUGCACGCCCUGAGUAUAUCUUGGUGUGGCGGAGCCGGUAAUAAUAUCUGUGGGAGCACCAGCAAAUCUAUCUGCAAUGGGUCGCAUGUGUGUCGCCGUUGUUUUCAUCAAACAACACACAAGUCUAUGAGAUCCCACCACGAGAAGGUUUCUAAAAUGUUUCGAAGAUUUGCUACAAGUUCCAUAACAUUUACACCAGCACUUAUGCGAACAAGCUAAUCCAGAUAAGCUGUGUAUGACACUAACUAGAUCCUAACGCGUUAAAUGCUAGACAAAUGCUAACGCAAUUCUAUCGCGUUUAACGCUAAAUCGCCGCUGAAUUUUUGUUUAGGCGUUUAGCUUUCUUUUGGGGACUAACGGAGAUUUGAUUGCGACUGUCUUCCCGUUUUCCUAGGCCGAUCCCGAAGAUAGUACAGUAUAAAACGGCGGUAAGGAUUAAAGGAACGUAGGGUAGCACCGUGUAAGGGGAGCGCCCUCGCAUUUUCCACUGGUGACAGCGAUAGCGUUUUGAGACGCUGUCGUUUGAGACGCUGCGCCUCUGUUUUCGAACUGGUCCUUGAGAACGGAAGUGCCUCAACACAACUCAACCACCCGUUGGCUGCCGCCUACGGGUAAGAGGAGCACCACCCAUAACGUAUGUUGCAACAUAUCGAUCAGAUAACGUCCAGGGAUAAUCGGAUGCUCGGCUAUUUAGAGCGUAACUUUUCCCUCUUAUUCCGUCAUCCAUGGAAAAACAAUUCUCAGUCACUUACGUCCGAUCUAACUUAGAAUAUAUAUGCAUCUUCCAUAUGGAAUGCCGGUAACAUCACCCUAAUCAAUCGUUCGGAAAGAAUUCAGGAUCGGUCAGCACGUUAACCAAAGUAAUUUGGAUCGCUGUGCCAGUGUUACUGGCAUGAAACUUGCCGUAUAGACCUUCCUAAUCUUGCCGCUCGAUGGAAAAUAUCCCCAAAUGGGUUUAUUCGUAAAAUAUAUCAUCGUAAUGAUUAUCUUAGGUCACUCUGGAUUAGACCUGCUUCUUCCAUCUCGCAUCGAAUCGAUCAUUGCCACACGGUCAGCAUACCACAUCACAACACGGUCAGUUACCCCCCCCCCCCUCCCCCUCGCAUUUCGGCCCAAAACAAGUCGCUACUGGCACCACGUGCCUGCCGAAUUAGUAAACAUCAGUAAUGUGGAGCACUUUCUCGAAGCAGUAAUGGCCAGCAUUACAUGAUGUAAACCUUUUCUCUCAAGAAAGUUUGUGUUAAUAACUUAUUCUACUACGUGCAUUUUUGCUUGAUUCUGUAACAAUGUUUGCUGGACGUGUGUGCUCUUUUUAUUCAUUUUGUAUUACUGUAUUUGUAUUUGCCUUGUUAGCAUUGUAGCUGCUUUGUGUUAUUUUCCAAUUUCUUAGAAUGUUGCUAAAUAAGUAAUUUUGUACUUAUAUGCAAUUUGUACUACUGUAUUUUGUACUUGUAUCACCACUUUGUAGCCACUUCCCUCUACAAUGCUUCAUAAAGAUCUGAGAGUACCACAAAUAAAUAAAUAAAUAAAUAAAUAAAUAAAUAAAUAAAUAAAUAAAUAAAUAAAUAAAUAAAUAAAUAA